CAGGAGGAAGGAUUUGCCCCUGGUGGAGCAAGCUUACAUAGCAUGAUGACACCACAUGGUCCUGAUAAAGAAUGUUUUGAAAAAGCAUCGAAUGUUGAGAAUCUAGUACCUGAAAGAGUUGCAGAUGGCACAAUGGUUUGUAUACGUCUCUAUUGUGGAGCCCACUUUUCAUUUGAACUCACCAGUGUAGCUAGCAUUCAAUGAUAACUAUCCUCAUUUUUGGUCGUAAUUACGCUGGUUUCUAUGUUAUUUUGACCCUAUUAAUGACAUCUAUCCAGGCUGUUGAGCUCGACAAACAAUGAACUUUUGUAAACCUUUACGUGAACCUCGAAGUUGUCUUUAUCUCUCUCGUCAGGUGGCGACGAAGACAGUUGCCUCACUUUUCCUAAUUCUCUUUGGUUUAGGCGUUCAUGUUCGAGUCGUGUCUAAGUUUGGCUGUUACAAAAUGGGCGGCAGAAACGUCAGAGAAACUGGACAAAGAUUACUACAAGGUCUGGUCUGAUAUUAAAAGUCAUUUUGAUCCAGAAUGGAAACCAGAGAAAGCUUAAAGACAUAGCAGUCGUGAGUAAAACAAAGUGGUAUAUAUGUAUGUAUCAGUAUUCUGUAUCAAAAUGCUCUAUUUAAUUAUAACUAAAGAUAAAAUAAUAUCUAAAGUAUAUUUUACGAAACAUUGGCAUAGAACAGCUAUACAUGGACGGAUUAAGUAACAUAAAGGAUAUGUCUUGGAAGAAAUGAUAAGUCAAGAAUUUUUAGACGUACUGUCAUGACAUUGUACUGAACAGGGUCGUUUGAGUAGAUUUAAUUAAUUGAGGCUAUGUGCACACGGGCGUCGUUUUGCAGCGUUUUGAAAAACGUUUUUGUCCGUAAAAUCGUUUUGACGCCGUAUUCGCACAGCCCAAAGGAAAAUAUCUCGGAUAUAUUAAAUAAAGUACAACUUCUGUCAUAAACUGAUAGUGUUUGUAUCCGUUUUAGCGUGAAAACACAAAUGAAAACGCUCGAAAACGUUACCGUGUGCACAUAGUCUGAAUCUUAAACUGUACAUGAAAACACGUUUCAAACAUCAUUAAUAAUUCAUAAGCUUAUUGGCUAAUAAAACACUGCUGCUCGUUUAUUAAACAGUACUAUAUUUUUUCGGAUCACAAACAAUGAAGAGGUAUAGUCCCAACGCGAUGUCAAUAACGAACAUCGAGCCAAAUGUCUGUUACAAAGGCUUUUGAAUAAAUGAAUGAACGAAUGAAAACUUUAUUUUGAAUUAUAAAAAAUAGCUUCAUUUACAAACACUAUAUCAAAUGAGAUAUUUCUAGUUUUGUUAACAUUCUUUUGCCUCGUACGCAGGCGCUAUAUAAUUUUCUGGUUAUACAUAACUAAGUGUCUCUACGUUGCAAGACUAUCUCAGGACAAAGAUACGGUGUAAAAAAUGGCAUUCCUGCUUGUUUAACUUUAACACAAUUUUCAGUCUCACUCAGUUGCAGUUCAAAAUUCUGUAAAAAUGAAGUGACAACCACUCGAGUGAUAGCCAGUGCAUAACGAUAUCCUAGACAUUUCCUAGGACCCAUACCAAACCGGAAGAAUGAUCCAGGGACUGGAUUCCGACCGGCAGAAAACCUCUCGGGGUUAAAUUCUUCUGGAUUUUUCCAGUAUGUCUCAGAGUAGUUCAGCGAGUACGUGUCGACGCAUACUGGAGUCUGUAAGAACAAGAAAAAUUUUUUUAAUGUGAAAUCCUUUCAGCUGUUUUAGCUUUCUAUUUGGGUUAACAAAUAUGCUUCUCAUUGUGUUGGAAACUCCACUAGUACUGUUCUCUAAGCCGCGUCUCGUUGUCUUAUAAUAUUUUGAUCUUAUUAAUAUGUCUAAGAAAGCUUUACCCCUUGAGGUAUUUGAUAAUCUCCUAACUCAGUGACACUCUUCACUGUCUUCUCCGGGAGACUGAGCGCUAGUGCAGGAUGCAUACGAGCACUUUCUUUCAGAACCAUUUCCAUAUAUGGUAAUCUCUUGUCCAGGUCCUCACAGCUGCUUGGUUCACAUCCUUGUAAUACAUCAUCCACCUCGGCUCGGAGUUUUGCUUGAAUGUCCUGGUACCUAGCGAGGUCUGACAGGGCAAAUGACGUGGCUGCGAAACUCACAUCAAUGUUUAGUAAGAGGAUUUCAUCUACUGAGUGGAGAAGCUGAAAUAACACACAAAAAUAAUAUAGGCUUCAAAUCAGACCAUUUGUUGUUUCAUUCCUGUUGCUGUCUUGUUGUCUUCUGCAAUUUUACAUGUGUUUGGUUG